AUGGCGGACCGAUACUCCUUCUCCCUUACAACCUUCUCCCCCAGCGGAAAGCUGGUGCAGAUCGAGUAUGCCCUCAACGCCGUAAACCAGGGUAUCACUGCCCUUGGUAUCAAAGCCACCAACGGUAUCGUCCUCGCCACCGAGAAGAAGUCCUCCUCCCCCCUCGCCGACCAGAGCUCCCUCGCCAAGAUCAGCAACAUUACCCCCAACAUCGGCAUGGUAUACUCUGGCAUGGGCCCCGACUAUCGAGUAUUGGUGGACCGCGCACGCAAGGUCUCGCACACCGGUUACAAGCGCAUCUACAACGAGUACCCCCCCACUCGGAUAUUGGUGCAGGAUGUUGCGCGAGUUAUGCAGGAGGCCACCCAGUCCGCUGGUGUUCGACCUUACGGUGUGAGCCUGUUGGUCGCCGGUUGGGAUGAGGGCAUCGAGCCUGAGGAGGAGGAGGCUGCCGAGGCUGAGAGUGGUGAGAAGAAGGUCAACAAGAAGACUGGCGGCAUCCACAAGGGCGGCCCCAUGCUUUACCAGGUCGACCCCUCGGGCAGUUACUAUCCCUGGAAGGCCACGGCCAUCGGCAAGAGCGCGACCAAGGCAAAGACAUUCCUGGAGAAGCGAUACUCGGAGGAGCUCGAGCUUGAGGAUGCCAUCCACAUUGCGCUCCUGACCCUGAAGGACAACAUUGAGGGAGAGAUGAACGGAGACACCAUUGAGAUUGGUAUUGUUGGUGCCCCCGCGGAGCACCUUCUGGGCCUUGAGGGCGUCGAGGGGGCUGUCGGACCCCGUUUCAGAAAGCUGACUCCUCAAGAGAUUGAGGAUUACCUGACGAGUCUAUGA